AUGGCAAAGAACACAUUCUCAUUGGCUUCGCGCACAAAGCUCGCCAAUGGGCUCUCUAUGCCCACAAUACAUCUCGGUGUUUACCUGACUUCGGGAAAAGAAACCUACCAGGCGGUUCGAUGGGCGCUAGAGUCUGGCUAUCGCGGUGUCGACUCUGCGCAGAUGUAUCAUAACGAGAAGGAGUCUGGAAAAGCCGUUGUAGACUUUCUGUCCAGUGAGGACAAUGUCGACUCUCUCAAGCGUGAGGACAUCCACUUCACUUCCAAGUUGGCAUCCAACUCGUCGUAUGACACAGCUCGAAAAGCUAUCAAGAAGUCGGUCAAGGAGUGUGGACUUGGCUACAUCGACUUGUUUCUUCUGCAUUCGCCAUACGGCGGCAAGAACGCACGACUGGACAGUUGGAGAGCCGUCGAGGACGCUAUCGAUGCCGGCGAGGUCAGGAUUGGAGGCGUGUCUAAUUAUGGUGUCAAGCAUCUGCAAGAGCUUCUCGAUUCGAAACCACGGAUUGCACCAGCGGUCAACCAAAUCGAGGUGCACCCAUUCAAUACACGGACAGACAUCACAUCCUUCUGCCAACAAAACAACAUUGUUGUUGAGGCUUAUGCGCCUCUUGUCCGAGCUUUGAAGAUGAAGCAUCCUAAGAUUGCAUCCCUCUCAAAGAAGUACUCAUGCUCUCCUGUAAGUGUCUUGCAGCCCUCAGGUCGACCGUUUAUUCAAGAAGCCCCUGGAUUGCGUUGGAGUUUGCAGCAUGGCUAUGUGCCGUUGCCUAAGAGCGUGAAGAAGGAGCGCAUCGUCGAGAAUGCAGAGGUCGGAGGGUUCGAGAUUGAGGAGGGCGACAUGAAGACGAUGGAUGGUCUAGAUGAGUAUCUGGUCACCGAUUGGGACCCCACGGACUGCCCGUGA